GAAAGGACACCAUCACUACUGCAGCUCAACACACUGCUCUAUCUCCCAGUCACUUUGUUCAAGGACUAAAGUAGCGUGGACACUCUCUACCAAACACGAGACUGGAGAGAGUGGACAAGAGACUUCACUAACUGGACAAAAAGAAGAGGAAUGGUUUUACAAAUCUGAGAGGAGUCAAAGCUGAGAGGAGACACCUGCUUUCCUGGACUUGAUAGGAUAAGUGGUUUACAAGGACUGCAGCAAAGACCUGGUUUAUGAGGACCAAAGUAAAGAGCCUGGUCUCAAAACCUCCAUCUCCACUUUCCAACAUCCAACUUUUUGAAGCUAUAGUACCACUCUCAAAGAAGGAUUGUACUUUUCUCAAACUUGUUCUUUCAGGGAAACAGAGGUAAGGUGAAGAGAGCUCUCCGGUGUGCUGCUUCUCAUUCAGUCACCCCUUGCCGCAGUCCUCUCAUCACCCUCUCCAGGGAGUGUGUGUAUGUGUGAGUGUGUGUGUGUGUGUCUGUGAGUUGUCUGAGCUUUGUAGCACAGGAUGCCCUCGUUAGCCGCGUUGUUUCGGGUGCUGGCGUUGCUUCUCCCUGGGCUGCAGACAGGAUGUGGCUCCGCUACGGUAGCGGGAUCACUUGCGGCGGUGGAUGGAGCUACACGGGGACAGGAGCAGGUGGAGGAGAUCCAGGUGACCCCCUGUCCUUCCUGUGUGCUGGCCCAGAUGAGGAGUGACUACCUGGGCUCGGACCCGGGUUCUGUCCCGGCCCCUCCUGGAUCUGAGUCAGCAUCUGAAUCGGCUUCGGCUCAGACGUCGGCUCAGACAGACAUGGUGGAAGCGGUGAAGCAGCACAUCCUCGACAUGCUCCAUCUCAGCGCGAGGCCCAACGUCACCCACCCGGUGCCGCGUGCCGCCCUGCUCAACGCCAUCAAGAAACUACACGUGGGCCGCGUGGGCAAGGACGGCAGCGUGGAGAUCCAGGAGGAGGGGCCGGGGGGCGGCGUGGGGGCGGCGCCGCCACCCGAGCCGCCCUCCGAGAUCAUCACCUUUGCCGAGCCAGGCGACACUACAUCCGCUGUGACCUUUGACAUUUCCAAGGAGGGCAGUGAGCUCUCAGUGGUGGAGCAGGCCAACGUGUGGCUCUUCCUCAAGCUGGCCAAGGGGCAAGGGCGAGGCAGGGGCAAGGUGAACAUACAGCUUCUGCAGCGCCGCCGGCAGAAGACCAAAGCACCAGGCUUUGCCUUCAACGAGACCCAGGGCGAGGAGGAGGAGUUGGUGUCUGAGAAGAUGGUGGACACGAGGCGCAGCGGCUGGCACACGCUCCCCGUGUCGCACAGCAUCCAGUCCCUCCUGGACACCGGUGGCAGCGUCAUCGAUCUGCGAGUCUCCUGCCCGCAGUGCACCGAGGCGGGCGCCACACCCAUCUUGGUCCACACAGAGGGCGAGCAACCGGGACGGGAGAGGGACCAAUCCCACCGGCCUUUCCUCAUGGUCGUAUUGCGGCCCGGCAUGGAGGAACACGCUCGCCGACGCACCAAACGCGGCCUGGAGUGCGACGGAAAGAUGCACAUCUGUUGCAAGCGGCAGUUCUAUGUCAACUUCAAGGACAUCGGCUGGAACGACUGGAUCAUCGCGCCGCCGGGCUACCACGCCAACUACUGCGAGGGCGACUGCCCCAGCCACGUGGCCAGCAUCACGGGCUCCUCGCUGUCCUUCCACUCCACUGUCAUCAACCACUACCGAAUGCGGGGCUACGCGCCAUUCCAGAACACCCGGUCGUGCUGCGUUCCCACGCGGCUACGCGCCAUGUCUAUGCUCUACUACAACGAGGAGCAGAAGAUCAUCAAGAAGGACAUCCAGAACAUGAUUGUGGACGGGUGUGGCUGCUCAUAAGAGACAGUGAUAGAGAGCAGAUAUAUAUAUAUAUA